CCUUCAUCGCAUACUUUUCUUCUCAAACUCGAACUCUCCUAAAACAAGGAAAAACUCGACGAAAUCCGAUAUCUCAAGACUCUCUCUCUCUCUCUCUCUCUAUCGGGUAACAAUGAAGUACCCUCUUCUUCUCAAAUUCCUCUCUCUCCCUCUCCUCUUCCUCUUCAUCUUCACUCUCUCUAACUUCCCUCUCAAAACCCCCUUUCGCCCCUCGGACCUCCUCCCUCUUUUGCCGAGAGAAGUCUCAUGGCCGAUCCUCAGAAGCCUCAACAGCGCCGUCGAUCUUUUACCUACCUUUGUCGGCGCUGCGUCGUCCCCUAACUCGAUUCUCGAGUGGAAAGGCGCUUGCUUUUAUAAGAACCAGGCCUGGAUGGAGUUUCAUAAUAAGAGUGGGUCCCAAUUUGGAGGCGGAACUCUUCACAUCAAGACAAGCAAAGCUCAUAGUUGGACAUGUAUGGAUCUUUAUGUCUUUGCAACUCCAUAUCGGGUUACAUGGGAUUACUACUUUUUGGGGAGAGAGCAUACCCUUGAAAUUAAGGAAUGGGAAGGAAAACAAGAGUAUGAAUAUGUGAAGAACAAUGGACUGUCAAUUUUCCUUAUGCAAUCAGGGAUGAUAGGGACUCUUCGAGCUCUAUGGGAUGUAUUUCCCUUAUUCACAAAUACUGGAUGGGGCGAGAAUUCAAACCUAGCUUUCCUCAAGAAGCAUAUGGGAGCUUCAUUUGAAGAAAGGCCAAAACCGUGGUUUACAAAUAUCACUGUUGAUGAUAUCCACUCCGGGGAUUUCUUAGCUAUAUCAAAAAUUCGCGGGAGAUGGGGUGGCUUUGAGACCUUAGAAAAGUGGGUAACUGGUGCUUUUGCUGGGCAUACUGCUGUUUGCCUUAAGGAUUCAGAAGGAAAGCUUUGGGUUGGAGAGUCUGGACAUGAAAAUGAGGAGGGUGAAGACAUUAUUGCUGUGUUGCCAUGGGACGAGUGGUGGGAGUUUGAGCUGAAUAAAGAUGACUCAAAUCCUCAAAUUGCAUUGCUUCCUCUACAUCCAGAUAUUCGAGCUAAAUUCAAUUCAACUGCUGCUUGGGAGUAUGCCAGAAGCAUGUCAGGAAAGCCUUAUGGUUAUCAUAAUAUGAUUUUUAGUUGGAUAGAUACCAUAAGUGGAAACUAUCCGCCACCAUUGGACGCACAUUUGGUUGCUUCUGUUAUGACUAUGUGGAGCAAAAUGCAGCCAGCCUAUGCUGCUAACAUGUGGAAUGAAGCAUUGAACAAGCGUCUUGAUACCAAGGGCCUUGACCUUCCAGAAAUAAUAGUUGAAUCAGAACGACGUGGCAUUUCUUUUGAAAAGCUGCUGACAAUUCCUGAAAGGGAUGAUUGGAUUUAUACUGAUGGGAAAUCAACUUCUUGUGUUGCUUUUAUUCUUGAAAUGUACAAGCAUGCAGGGCUUUUUGAUCCGAUUGCUAACUCUAUACAAGUAACAGAAUUCACUAUAAAAGACGCCUAUACCCUCAAGUUCUUUGAAGACGACCCAGGCCAUUUGCCAGAAUGGUGCAACAAAGACGAUAAUGUGAAGCUCCCUUUCUGUCAGAUCAAGGGGAAGUAUCGAAUGGAAUUGCCUGAGUACAACUCUAUGAUACCCUACCCGCAUAUGAAUGAGCAUUGCCCUUCUCUGCCUCCGAAUUAUAUCAGAUCCCGUAAUUGCUGAAGUUCUUAUAAUUAUACCUGUAUUUUAGGGGCCUCUGCUUCCCCUAUUGGUUGCUGGAAACAUCAUGGAGAACGCAAAUAUUGUACAUAGAAAAAGAAAUUACUAAUCGCCAACUCGUAAAGAAUAUUGGUCUGUAAUGUAAGGACCUACUACGGUAAUGUAGGGGGUAUUGACCUGAAGGCUGUUGCUGAUAAUUGCACAAAAGACUCCUCAUGAAUUGCCCAAGAGACUUUUUAUGAAUUCUGAUUCAGCUCUCA